GUAGAGCCCCUAUCUACAAUGUAAUACCAUGGCUUGUACUCGUAUCAGCCUGUGCCAGCGAGGUCGUGUUCACAACUGUAAGAGUCGUUCGUUUUCACUAAGAAGGUUGGCAGGCAAGGUAGGAUAAUUCUUGUCAACAAGUCUUUCUUCUCGUUUCAUUUCACUACAAUAGUGAGCAAUAGUUUCGAGCAGUUUCGCUUCUUCUUUUUGAUUAGAUUGUAUCAUAGUCUGCUGCGGAAAUCUGCCGGUUAUUACUUGUGCAACUAUGGCUGAAACAGAGAGCAAUGGCCCAGCUGAUCAUGACACCACGCAUGAUAACGAUGACAGCAACACUCGCACUGCUAUGAAGGACUUCUGGGAGGGCCAUUGCGCGACGGUAUCGCUGCAAGAUGUCAUGCUCGACUCGAAAGCGCUGCGGACGAUGAACGAAUCCGAGAAGCCGGAGAUACUGGCCAUGUUGCCCGCUCUGAAAGGAAUGCGAGUUCUGGAGCUCGGCGCAGGCAUAGGUCAUUACACGGGGACUCUUGCUGCAACAGCCCAACAUGUCACUGCAGUGGACUUUGUGGAACAGUUUGUGGAGAAGAACCGUCAGAUCAAUGGCGUGCAACAUCCCAACAUCACAUUUGUGAGCGGCGAUGCUAUGAAGCUGGACUAUGAGGAGAACUCGUUUGACAUUGUCUUCUCUAAUUUGUUACUGAUGUACAUCAGUGAUGCUGAGCUGGAAGAGCUAACCAAGAGAAUGCUCAGGUGGGUGAAGAUUGGAGGUCAUGUCUUCUUCCGCGAGUCCUGUCUCUUUCAGUCUGGUGAUGGGACACGAGAUCUUUCCAAUCCAACCAAGUACAGAGAUCCAAAGCGAUAUUAUCACGUGUUUGAGACGACAUGCUACGAAAGCAGUCCGUCGCCUGUUGCGUUCAGGUAUGAGCUGGACUUCUCGCGAUCUGUGGGUCCAUAUUUGCAAGAGAAUAACAACCUACAUCAGAUGUGCUGGAGCUGGAGCAAGGUUUUGGUGGAAAAGAAAACGAAAUCUAAUGAUGGUUCAUACGACUUCCAGUCCAUGCGUCGGUUCCUGGACCAGAAGGAGUACUCUGUCAAUGCUAUUCAGUGCUAUGAGAAAAUGUUUGGCAAGAACUACAUCAGCACCGGUGGGCUAGAGGCAACAGCUGAGUUUGUCCCAAUGCUAAAUUUGCAGAAGGGCGAGAAGGUGUUGGAUGUCGGAUCGGGCCUGGGUGGAGCUGCUCGGUACAUGGCGGAGAACCAUGGUGUGGAUGUGCUGGGUCUGGAUCUCUCUACCAACAUGGUGCACAUUGCUCUGUCACGGGCGGUCAGCUGCUCAGCAGGAGCGGUAUUGUAUGAAGUAUCUGACAUAACCAAGCGUCAGUUUCCCAACGAGUCCUUUGACGUCAUUUACAGCCGAGACACUUUGCAGUACGUUCCCAGAAAAGCCGAAAUUGUCAAGAAGUUCUUUCGCUGGCUGAAACCUGGCGGACGCAUACUGAUCUCAGACUUCUGCUACGGUGAGGGAGAAUGGAGCGAUAGUUUCAAGACCCGUGUUAAGCGGCAGCGCCAUGAACUGCACAGUGUCAAGCAGUACGGCCAGAUUCUUUGCGAUGCUGGAUUUGUAGAGGUUGUAGCAGAUGAUCGCAGUCGCCAAUUCUGUGAGCGUGAAACCAAGAGUGCAUCCGAGGAGUGGAGCCGCGAACUUGUUAAGGAAUUUCCAGAGAAAGACUAUGAUGACAUUGUCACUAACUGGAAGGCCAAUAUCGAAUUGAUCAAUACUGGUGACCAAUGCUGGGGCUUCUUCUUUGGGCGUAAGCAAUCAGCUUGAUCUAGACAGGACGUAAAUGGUAACCAGGCACAGAUUUAAUACUGACGUGCACCGACUUCUAACUUUUAAUAAUCUUAUUUCCCAUUAUGCCGUCACACGUGCAUACUCCAGAUAUUAUCGCGUAAUUGCGAAGUCUAACAAAGGUUAACUCUGCUGCAGCUCUGUGCCGCUUCGUGUGAGCAUUGACCAUGAGCACUCGCUCAAGCUGGACAGUCUCUGCUUCUCAAGUGGACCAAAUCAGAAAUCACCGACUUGAAAACAUUUCUUUCAAAAAGGUUCUUCCUUCCAUGUACCAUGGGAAUUGCACGUCCUAUGUUGUUGCUUUUUGCGCAUUGGAGUAAGCUGGAGCGUUUGCUCCUAACCAUGAUUUUCUUGCUUUCUCAUUAAAGUAUAGAGUCAUUUUCCCACAGGAAACCUUUCAAGAAGUUUGAUGCGGAUUGCCGCCGUGAAUUGCUGUGGCUAUCUGCUGGCUCCCCGGAAGCGGCUCAAAUCAAAGCCUUGGAGCCUUGGCACAGCCAGGCCUUGGCACAGCCAGGCCUUGGCACAGCCACUGAGGCCUUGGCUGGCCCGCUGAGUACAGGCCGUGGACGGACCUUCCCUCGUGCACUGCCACUGCAUGGAUGUGCUUCAGGGAAGUUGCCAAGUGGGCGGCAUACCAACUUUAGGCUAUCAAAGUAUAACAGUACAAGUAUGGAUUGCUGUCUUUUAUAGUCAUAUUCAUGCAUUCUUGAUUUGCUUCAACAUUUUAGUAUACAUCAGUUUCCUCCGGACCUUUUCUUUACAUUGAUGCGAGUCUCCUCUUCACAACUAACUUUAGUAGUGAUCGUCUCCUCACCA